AUGCCUCCCCCCACGGUGCCUCCCCCCACGGUGCCUCCCCCCACGGUGCCUCCCCCCACGGUGCCUCCCCCCACGGUGCCUCCCCCCACAGUGCCUCCCCCCACGGUGCCUCCUCCCACGGUGCCUCCCCCCACGGUGCCUCCCCCCACGGUGCCUCCCCCCACGGUGCCUCCCCCCACGGUGCCUCCCCCCACGGUGCCUCCCCCCACAGUGCCUCCCCCCACAGUGCCUCCCCCCACAGUGCCUCCCCCCACAGUGCCUCCCCCCACAGUGCCUCCCCCCACGGUGCCUCCCCCCACGGUGCCUCCCCCCACGGUGCCUCCCCCCACGGUGCCUCCCCCCACAGUGCCUCCCCCCACAGUGCCUCCCCCCACGGUGCCUCCCCCCAUGGUGCCUCCCCCCACGGUGCCUCCCCCCAUGGUGCCUCCCCCCAUGGUGCCUCAGCUCCUUCUCUUGUCGUCCUGCAUCACGACCUACAAGAAGACCCCGCCCCCUGUGCCCCCCCGCACCUCCACAUGCUCCGCCUCCAAACCCUUCAUCUCCAUCACGGCUCAGAGCAGCACCGAGUCCGCCCAGACAGACCGAGGACAGACCGAGGACAGACUGAGGACAGACCGAGGAGACAGACCGAGACCGAGGACGGACCGACGACAGACCGAGGACGGACCGAGGACAGACCGAGGACAGACCGAGGACGGACCGAGGACGGACCGAGGACAGACCGAGGACGGACCGAGAACAGACCGAGGACGGACCGAGGACGGACCGAGGACGGACCGAGGACAGACCGAGAACAGACCGAGGACGGACCGAGAACAGACCGAGGACGGACCGAGGACAGACCGAGGACAGACCGAGGACAGACCGAGGACGGACCGAGGACAGACCGAGGACAGACCGAGGACAGACCGAGAACAGACCGAGGACGGACCGAGGACAGACCGAGGACGGACCGAGGACGGACCGAGGACAGACCGAGGACGGACCGAGGACGGACCGAGGACGGACCGAGGACGGACCGAGGACAGACCGAGAACAGACCGAGGACGGACCGAGAACAGACCGAGGACGGACCGAGGACAGACCGAGGACAGACCGAGGACAGACCGAGGACGGACCGAGGACAGACCGAGGACAGACCGAGGACAGACCGAGGACAGACCGAGAACAGACCGAGGACGGACCGAGGACAGACCGAGGACGGACCGAGGACAGACCGAGGACGGACCGAGGACAGACCGAGAACAGACCGAGGACAGACCGAGAACAGACCGAGGACAGACCGAGGACGGACCGAGGACAGACCGAGGACGGACCGAGGACGGACCGAGGACAGACCGAGGACGGACCGAGGACGGACCGAGGACAGACCGAGGACGGACCGAGAACAGACCGAGGACAGACCGAGGACGGACCGAGGACAGACCGAGGACAGACCGAGGACGGACCGAGGACGGACCGAGGACGGACCGAGAACAGACCGAGGACGGACCGAGGACAGACCGAGGACAGACCGAGGAGACAGACCGAGAACAGACCGAGAACAGACCGAGGACGGACCGAGACCGAGGACAGACCGAGGACAGACCGAGGACGGACCGAGGACGGACCGAGAACAGACCGAGGACGGACCGAGAACAGACCGAGGACGGACCGAGGACAGACCGAGACCGAGGACAGACCGAGAACAGACCGAGGACGGACCGAGAACAGACCGAGGACGGACCGAGGACAGACCGAGGACAGACCGAGGACAGACCGAGGACGGACCGAGGACAGACCGAGGACAGACCGAGGACAGACCGAGAACAGACCGAGGACGGACCGAGGACAGACCGAGGACGGACCGAGGACAGACCGAGGACGGACCGAGGACGGACCGAGGACAGACCGAGGACGGACCGAGGACGGACCGAGGACAGACCGAGGACGGACCGAGGACAGACCGAGAACAGACCGAGGACGGACCGAGAACAGACCGAGGACGGACCGAGGACAGACCGAGGACAGACCGAGGACAGACCGAGGACAGACCGAGGACAGACCGAGGACAGACCGAGAACAGACCGAGGACGGACCGAGGACAGACCGAGGACGGACCGAGGACAGACCGAGGACGGACCGAGGACGGACCGAGGACAGACCGAGGACGGACCGAGGACAGACCGAGAACAGACCGAGGACAGACCGAGAACAGACCGAGGACAGACCGAGGACGGACCGAGGACAGACCGAGGACGGACCGAGGACAGACCGAGGACGGACCGAGGACAGACCGAGGACAGACCGAGGACGGACCGAGGACAGACCGAGAACAGACCGAGGACAGACCGAGGACGGACCGAGACCGAGGACAGACCGAGGACAGACCGAGGACGGACCGAGGACGGACCGAGAACAGACCGAGGACGGACCGAGAACAGACCGAGGACGGACCGAGGACAGACCGAGACCGAGGACAGACCGAGGACAGACCGAGGACGGACCGAGGACAGACCGAGGACGGACCGAGGACAGACCGAGGAGACAGACCGAGACCGAGGACGGACCGACGACAGACCGAGGACAGACCGAGGACGGACCGAGGACAGACCGAGGACGGACCGAGGACAGACCGAGGACGGACCGAGGACAGACCGAGGACGGACCGACGACAGACCGAGGACAGACCGAGGACAGACCGAGGACGGACCGACGACAGACCGAGGACAGACCGAGGACGGACCGAGGACAGACCGAGGACGGACCGAGGACAGACCGAGGACGGACCGAGAACAGACCGAGGACGGACCGAGGACAGACCGAGACCGAGGACAAACCGAGGACAGACCGAGGACAGACCGAGGACGGACCGAGGACAGACCGAGACCGACGACAGACCGAGGACGGGCUGAGGACAGACCGAGGACAGACCGAGGACGGACCGAGGACGGACCGAGGACAGACCGAGACCGACGACAGACCGAGGACGGGCUGAGGACAGACCGAGGACAGACCGAGGACGGACCGAGGACAGACCGAGGACAGACCGAGGACGGACCGAGGACAGACCGAGGAGACAGACCGAGAACAGACCGAGGACGGACCGAGGACGGACCGAGACCGAGGACAGACCGAGGACAGACCGAGGACGGACCGAGGACGGACCGAGAACAGACCGAGGACGGACCGAGAACAGACCGAGGACGGACCGAGGACAGACCGAGACCGAGGACAGACCGAGACCGAGGACAGACCGAGGACAGACCGAGGACGGACCGAGAACAGACCGAGGACGGACCGAGGACAGACCGAGACCGACGACAGACCGAGGACGGGCUGAGGACAGACCGAGGACAGACCGAGGACGGACCGAGGACAGACCGAGGACAGACUGAGUCAUUUUAUUCCAUCUCCAUUAAACUCACAGCUGAGCGUUUUAAUGGUCCUGGUCUGGGUCCUGGGUCUGGGUCCUGGUCCUGGUCUGGGUCCUGGGAUGCGUACAUGGAGGAGGAGGGGCCUCGCGGGGACAUGACCGUCCAAUCAGGACUCUCCAACUCCACCGAGAGCAUCGACAGCAUGAAGGCCCUGACGGCGGCCAUUGAGGCGGCCAACGCACAGGUUCAUGGUCCGGCGAGUCAGCGCGUCAACAGCCACGCGCCUCUCAAGGUGAGCCACAGCGCCCAACAUCAGUCCCACCCCCAGCACCCACCGCUGGGCCCUCACCUGUCCCAUGGCUCCUCCCACCAACACAGCUCCUCCCACCAACAGCACGGCCCCUCCCACCACCAUGGCUCCUCCCACAACCAACAUAGCUCCUCCCACAACUUACAGAGCUCCUCCCACAACCAACACGGUUCCUCCCACCAACAGCAAGGCUCCUCCCAUCAAACUCACGUCCCCUCCCACAAUCAUCAUAGCUCCUCCCACAAUCAGCAUAGCUCCUCCCACAAUCAACAUAGCUCCUCCCACAACCAAUACAGCUCCUCCCACAACCAACACGGCCCCUCCCACCACCACCACCCACAGCUGUCCAGCCAGUCACAUCACAGCGUGCAUAGCUCCGCCCCUCACCCCCAUGGCCCUGCCCACUCGUCUCACUCUCACGGUUCUCAUCAUGGCGUCCAGAGCCAUGCACCGGCGGUUGUGAGCCGCGGGUCAAUGGCGGACGACCACGACGACUACAGGAAGGAGGCGCUGAGGAAGGGGAAGUGUCUGUCCAUCGGGAUUCAGGUCAGUGUCUGCGAGAAACUGACGAGUGUCGCUCUGAGCUUAUUACUCUGGCAGAACACUGACAAACAUGUAACUCAGACGCACUUCCCAUGUCUGCCACCAGGGGGAGUCAGACAUGUGGAUAGAUAG